AUAUGAGUUUAAGUUUCAUGUCCUACACUGGGUACUUAUUUUUCAGUACCUUAACACUGUUCACCUUUAAUCUUUUUUUCUUUAAUCCUUCCCGCGCUUUAAAAUCCGACCUUUUUCCCACCUCCAUCUCCGGCUUCAAUCUGAUUUAGUCAAAGUUUUCUGCCUCCUUUUCAACUUAAAAUCUCAUCUUUCAGGGACUUUUUCAAGCCCAAACAAACCCUUUUCUUUGUCUUCUUCCAAGUUCAUGCCUUGGCUUCUGAGAUGGAUACUGUGAAACCCAAAUCAUCAUCAGGCUUCAACAACAACAAGAGCAAGCUAGCGCGUACUUUUCAGAAAGUUAUCAGCCUUCGGACGGCGACGAGGAUUGCCUCAAACAAUGGGAUUUGCUUGCUCACGUCGCAAGCCAAAGUGAAGGAGGAUUUUUUCACGGAUAAAAAGUCGCAGCAGUUUGACAAGAAUGAAGAUGCCAAGAGCCGGCAGCAGAGAGCUGUGCUGGAAGCUAUGGUUGCGAAGCUUUUCGCCGGCAUUACUUCGAUUAAAGCGGCUUACGCCGAGCUCCAAAUGGCUCAGCAUCCUUACAACGGCGAAGCCAUUCAGGUCGCCGACCAAGCCGUGGUGGACGAGUUGAAAGCCAUUUCUGAGCUCAAGCGCGGCUUCUUGAGAAAAGAGCUCGAUCUUUCCCCUCAGGUGACUCUCAUGCUGGCGGAGAUUCAAGAGCAGCAGGCCUUGAUGAAGACGUACGAGAUCACCGUCAAGAAACUGGAGGCGGAGGUUGAGCUCAAAGACUCCGACGUCGUUUCACUCAAGAACCACCUCAACGACGCCGUUGCAUUCAACAAGUCGUUAGAAAAGAGGCUCAACUCAAGUGGGUCUUUGUCAAUGUUUGACAGUCUUCGGCUCACGCGCCUCAACGUGACCCAUUUCGUCCAAUUGCUCCACCACGCGCUAAGAUCCACCCGAAGCUUCGUGAAGUUGAUGAUUCGCGAUAUGGAGUCGGCAAACUGGGAUCUCGACGCCGCCGUCAAAUUCAUCGACCCCGACGCCGUUUUCACAAACCCAAGCCACCGGUUCUUCGCUUUCGAAUCUUUCGUGUGCGUUACCUUGUUUGAGGGCUUCAAUUUCCCUCAAUUUGAUCAAUCUCAACGACAACCUCUCGACAAACACCGCCACCGCCUCUUCUUCGACAAGUUCAAGAAGCUCACAAACGUAAACCCCAAACAUUUUCUUUCCCAGAACCCAAACUCGUCGUUCGCGAAGUUCGCGAGGUCCAAGUACCUCCACCUCGUACACGCGAAGAUGGAAUGCUCUCUCUUCGGGAACCUCAACCAGCGAAAGCUCGUGAACGCCGGCGGCGUCCCCGACUCCGCGUUCUUCGUCGCGUUCGCUGAGAUGGUAAAGCGCGUGUGGCUUUUGCAUUGCCUGGCAUUUUCGUUCGACGAAGAGAUUACCGUUUUUCAGGUGCGGAAGAACUGUAGGUUCUCCGAAGUCUACAUGGAAUGCGUGGCCGAGGAAGCGUUGGUCCUUUCCUGCGAAAUCGCCGGCGACCGUGACGAUGGCGGUGGCGGUGGAGGUGGCGAGCUCCGCGUGGGCUUCACGGUCGUGCCGGGGUUCAAGAUUGGAAAAACCGUGAUACAGAGUCAGGUUUAUUUGUCUCCGACAACUACUCCGGCCAGCUGCUAAAAAAUUUUGUAUAAUAUUGCAUGUCAAAAUGACAGACAAUAUUCUCACGCGCCAUAUCACACGCUCCGCAAUCAGAUUCCGUAAAGUUAGUCUGCCACUUUUUAUAUAAUUGCAGUUUUAGAUCAUAUCAUAUAAUAUGUAUAUUGUAUCAAAAAUCACGAUGGUUGUAAUCAAAGGGCCCGCGUGAGGAAAUUGACCCAUCAGUGUAUCGGAGAGAAAACGACACAAAGUGGGUUGCUUUCGGUGUAUAUAUAAUGCUUCUUAAAAUUAAACUACUCUCCCAAUUACAACAUUUGUUGUCUCUGUUCGGAAGAUAUGAGCGGCGCGUGGGUUCUUGUCGGGGUAUUUGGUAGCUGACACGGUGGAGAGAGGCAGCGAAUGCUUCUGAAGCCACGCGUCGAAGUGGUUUGGGUGGUAGUACAGGUGGCAGGUUGAAGGAGAAAUUUUAGAGUGUUGUGUUUGUUACGGAUGCUUUCAGUGCAAGUUGCAUGAAUUAAAUGAAGUACCAUUAUAC